UUAAAUGUACCUAACGGAGGGCAGAUUAAAAAGGACACAAUUUGCGCUGGUGCAGUUUGAAUAGAGGAAUAUGCUCUCUACCUGGCUGACUUUUGCACUUCUGUGGGGAACUUUCUGUACAGAACUCAGCCAUGGAGAGGUGGAGACACGCGAGUGUUUGUACUACAACAUCAACUGGGAGAUUGAGAAGACCAACCAGAGUGGAGUGGAGCGGUGUGAGGGGGAAAAGGAUAAGCGCUCACAUUGCUACGCAUCGUGGCGUAACAACUCUGGAACCAUCGAGCUGGUGAAGAAAGGCUGCUGGUUGGAUGACUUUAACUGCUAUGACAGGCAGGAGUGUGUUGCCACAGAGGAAAAUCCACAGGUGUUUUUUUGCUGCUGUGAGGGCAGCUUUUGCAACGAGAGGUUCACCCACCUACCUGAUGUGAGCGGACCAGUUAUUGAACCUCCCCCUGCUGCCCUUUCAUUGCUGAAUGUGUUGGUAUACUCCCUGCUGCCUGUUACCAUGCUGUCCAUGGCCCUGCUCCUGGCCUUCUGGAUGUACCGCCACCGCAAGCCACCCUACGGCCACGUCGACAUCAAUGAGGAUCCCGGCCCCACUCCUUCAUCUCCUCUUGUAGGGCUGAAACCUCUGCAGUUGUUGGAAAUUAAGGCUAGAGGGCGAUUUGGCUGUGUGUGGAAAGCCCAGAUGAUGAAUGAAUAUGUAGCUGUAAAGAUCUUCCCUAUUCAGGAUAAACUGUCAUGGCAGAAUGAGCGAGACAUGUUCUGCACACCAGGGAUGAAGCACGACAAAUUGCUGCGAUACAUUGCUGCUGAGAAACGUGGGACCAGUCUGGAAAUGGAGCUCUGGCUCAUCACUGAGUUUCAUGAAAAGGGUUCUCUGACUGAUUAUCUAAAGGGUUACGUUGUAAGCUGGAAUGAACUGUGUCACAUUGCGGAGACUAUGGCAUGUGGCCUGGCUUACCUUCAUGAAGAUGUAUCACGCUACAAGGGAGAAGGCCCCAAGCCUGCUAUUGCCCACAGGGACUUUAAGAGUAAAAAUGUGAUGCUGAAAAAUGAUCUCACUGCUGUUAUUGGAGACUUCGGGUUGGCAGUAAAGUUUGAGCCUGGAAAAGCACCAGGAGACACACAUGGCCAGGUUGGCACCCGGAGGUACAUGGCGCCUGAGGUGCUGGAAGGAGCCAUUAACUUCCAGAGGGAUGCUUUUCUGAGAAUAGACAUGUACGCCAUGGGGCUGGUGCUCUGGGAACUGGUGUCCCGCUGCACAGCUGUUGAUGGUCCAGUGGACGAGUAUAUGCUGCCGUUUGAGGAGGAGAUUGGACAGCACCCAUCCCUGGAGGACUUGCAGGAUGUCGUGGUCCACAAAAAGAUGCGGCCAGUGCUGAAAGAGUGCUGGCUCAAACAUUCUGGUCUGGAGCAGCUGUGUGAAACAAUAGAGGAAUGUUGGGACCAUGACGCUGAGGCUCGUCUCUCAGCAGGCUGUGUGGAGGAGCGUCUCUCUCAGAUCCGGCGCCUUGGCAGCGGCACUACCUCUGACUGCCUCGUCUCUGUUCUCACCUCAGUCACCAACGUGGACUUACCACCCAAAGAGUCCAGCAUCUGAGAACGGGGGGAAAAACACCUCCCAAAAGUUAAAGAAACAACCCUUGUCUUUCCCAGACUCAGUGGAUCUCAGACAACAAUGAAUGCAGCUGCUAUUUUAUCCUGAUGUUUUUUAAAUUAUCAUUAUUGUUAUUAGUAUUACUCUGAUCGGAUCAAUACUACCAGCACACUUCGCUACUGUAUUUUUAUUAAGAGAGGAAAACACAAAACGUUAAAAAAAUAAAUAAAUAAAUAAAUAAAUAAAUAAUGGCGUAGGGACAUCUCAUACCGCAUUCAGGUGCCGACUUAUGAAUGCUGACAUGAUGCAGGUACCUCAACUUUUCAGUUCAGUGUUUAAAUUUUUUAUUUCUCUAUAUUUCUAUUUUCUGUCUUCUGGACUUGAAUGGCUGAGGCAUAACCAACCUACACAUGAAGCAACCGGUCAACGUGUUGGAAAAUACAACAAUGCUGCAAAACCUGAGAGGAUCAUUAUGACUGUUACAAACAAUUUACCUUCCUCAAGGGAUUUUUAUUUCCGAUUUUUAAAGAUAUUUUCCUCUCUGACUGUGUGCUAUUCAAAUUUAUGGAAAACGUGUCUUUUACGGAACUAACGGGUGUCUCUAGAACACAACAAAAUGUGGAAGACAACUGGAUUUUUAUUUUUUCAUUUUGUGCUGUAGGGGAAGUUGCCGACUGUAAACGGGGUCAGUUCAGGUUUUUAAAAUGUGGGCAUAAGAAUUUGGGGUUGAGGAAUUGGCAUUGAUUUUAGAUAAUGGCGACGAGCUAUAGAUAUUGAUAAUGAGUUUUGUUUGGUACGUAAUUAUUUCUCAGGUAAACUUUGGGGGGGUGGGGUUAAGAGAUAGAAGGAGAAACUUUGGGUCGGUUGCAACCCUAAUGAACAGUACAUGCAAUGACCAUAGUAAGAGUGUAUGUGUAUGUGUGUGUGCGCGAAAGAGAUGUGAAUGUGUGUUUGGUGUUUAUGUGAAAAGGUGAGGAUGGUUGAGUGUGUUUUUAGUCUGAAUGCUGAAAGUAUGCUGAGCGUGAUUACAUAGACCACGCUGAAGGUUUGGUCCAAGUGACCAUCAAAAUAUAAUUAAGUCCACAAACAUAUUGGAUAUUUAAAUUUAAGGACCUAGACUGAAACAGCAAGAAUCAGACUGACAUUUAGAAAGCCUGUACUCAUAUCUGAGCAGAUGGCAUCUAGAAAGGUUCAUACAUCAUGUUC